UUUGAACGAGGGGUUCUGGUUGUAAGCGUUGUGACCGCCGAUGGCAGGAGCGUCUUACUAAUAAUACAGCACACUCCUGCCUGGGUGGUCAUUAGUAGUUGUGGCAACGUCAAUCCGCCUCUUAGGCAACAACGCAGAGUUUGCACGUUUCGUUUCUAUAGUGGGACCACGCGUUGAUGCUACGUCUGAGUGAACAAUCAUCCCAGUGACUGUCAACAGAGGACUUUAUCAGCCAGACAAAAGCCACUGCAAAAGCAGCAGCAUCAACCAAACCCUUCAUCACAUUCACACUUUCAAGAGAUGGGAGUUCUCGAUUCUGGUCCCCGUCGUUGUAUCUUGCGUCCAGCAGCAGCAGCAGACGACCUGGUGGCAGCAGCGAUGACGACGACGGUGUCAGAGGUCGCGGCCGACGUGAAGAAUUCGCUGCCCAAGAGUUUCAGUAGCUGCAACCUGGUGAGGGCCACCAGGCUCAGAGACGCCGUGGCCGAUGACCUCCGCGGAGGUCGCGAGCCGUGCUUUGGUGGCAUGCACACCCGCUCGGUGGCCCUGUUCGGCAUGGGAACGUACAGCGACGGCUUGAGGAGGCAACUGGAGAGGCAUCUGCUGGAGAUGGAGAUGCAGGUGGAGCUGGAGAGGAGGAGGCUUCUCAACUGGUGCCCGCAGACGAGGCGUCUGUACGCCCUGAAAACUCCCGGCGACGGGAACUGCUUGGUGCAUGCGGCAUCGCUGGCCAUGUGGGCCGUGUCGGACUCGGAGUGCACGCUGCGAUCCGCCAUGCACUCCUCGCUGUGCGACCCGGGGCUCGCCGCAAACUUCCGCCGGCGCUGGAUGAGGAGCCGCGCCUCUGCCGACGGAGCGGAGGAGCUCGGAUUCCGAUAUUCCACACGGGACUGGGAGGAGGAGUGGAGCAAGGUGGUGGAGAUGUCUAGGCCUACGGAACACUCGUCGCGUGACGGCUUCCGCUUCCAGUCACUGGAGGAGAUCCACAUCUUCAUCCUGGCCAAUGUGCUGCGUCGACCCAUCGUCAUUAUCUCAGAUGUCGUGCUGAGGAGUCUCGCCAGCGGGUCCACCCUGGCACCGCUCAACAUAUCCGGGAUCUACCUGCCCCUCAACUGGCUCGCGAGCGCAUGCUACCGCUACCCGCUCGUGCUGGGCUUCCACAACGGACACUUCGCCCCCCUCGUCUGCAUGCAGGACGGCCCAGCCGCUGAGCAGCGCAAGCAGCACGCGUUCCCACUGGUGGACAGGCACCGCGCCACCCUCCCCCUGCAGUUUCUCCUGCCCGAGGAGGAGCAGAACAAGACGUUGCUGCUGCAGGAGUACAUGGACACUCAGGAGGUGGCGAUGCCAGGCCAGAGAGCCUCUCCCCCCAUCCUGAUGGCAAGGUUGCCACCUGUGAAUACCGGCGACGACCUGGACCUGGUGAGCGACUACCGGGAGGUGGUGGAACGCAAAUUCCGCGCCGGCACGGUCCGGGCGCCAACCUCUGCCCUCCGAGCUCCGGUGGCCCGGCGCGCGGACGACGCCGCCGCCAACACGAUGUACUCGGCCACCAACGAGGCGUGCAGCACGCCGGGCUGCGGCUACAUGCGCUCCGUCCACACGGGCGCCUUCUGCCACGAGUGCAUCAGCAAGCUCCGCGCCGGCAGCGCCGGUGUUGUCGGCGGCACCGGCGGCAUUGGCGACGUGGCGGGAAGGAGGGCGCUCGCGACGACUCCACAUUUGGAAGCCCCAGAAGAGACGGAAGCUCGGGAGGCGGAACGCCUGGGUGCCGCGGCGGCACCGCCGUCGCCGACCGGCGUCUUGCCGUCGGCGCCAGAACUUCCGGCGCUCCUCGUGGAACCGAGCGGUAUGAAGUGCUCCUCGCCCACGUGCCCCUUCACAGGCGAUCAGCUCCUCGCGGGCUUGUGCCAGAACUGUUUCCACCUCCGGCAGGGACGCCGCUCGGCCAGCGAAAACGUCGGCGGUAGCGGCGCCGGCGCCGCCGAGCCUCCGACCGCCGCCAACGCCGGCGGCCACGCCCCGGAGCGCCGGCGCGAGGAAGACGCGCACGAACGCUGCAGCGGCUGCGGGGAGGGGGCGGCGCUGGGCAGCAUCGCGCUGUGCCAGGCGUGCGUCGACAAGCCGUCGCUGGCGCCGACGAUCCGCCGCGAGGAGGGAGGCCGCGGGGCCGCCGAGCCGGCGCGCGGAUCGGCGGGGGGGGCGGCGGCGGCCGCGGUCGCCGCGACGUUGGAAGCGCCCAGAAGCGAGAAGUGCAAGACUCCCGGCUGAUUUUUUGGGACGGCGACGAAGGAGUUUUACUGCACCAUCUGCUUCCUGCAGUACUUGGAGAACAGAGCGGCGGACGAGAUGCAGCCAGGCGGCCAGUACGCCGAGCCUCCCAGAGGGCCCCCGGCCGCAGGGCCUGCGAGGCAAGAGGGGGGCCGGGUUCAGUGCGUCACGCUCGCCUGCCGGCAACUCGGCAAAGCCAGGCUGGACGGCUGCUGCACCGAUUGCUACCUGAACAGGGCUUCCGAACGCGAAGAGUGGGAGCCAGCCCUGGAGCUCAGAGCGGCUCCGGCAGCCGCCCCCAAGUGCCGCACAGAAUCCUGCGCGGACGACGCGACCGCGGGCGGCGCCCUGUGCGCCGCCUGCCGGCGCAGGAACGAACAGCUGCGGCACACUCACCCGCAGCGGCUGCAGCGGAGGCAGACGUCCGGGGCGGCGGAUCGUCCCGCUGAGCGCGAGCCGGUGGUCGCGCGCCGGAACAAGUGCCGGGCUCCCGGCUGCGAGCACUACGGCAACGGCGGCUGCAACGGCUACUGCAACGAGUGCCACGCGAUGAUCCAGCUGUACGGCCGGUGAUAUGCGGGCGGGCGCACGACCCUGAGAUUCACAGCGUGGUUGACGGCGGCCCGGUCACUGUGCCGAGUCCCUCUACCGGAUUGGGCUGGCCCCGUAGCGGCGGUGGCGGAGGGCGGAGGACACCGGGAGAAGACGUUCGAGGUGCUGGCGUCGGAGCCGAUAUGAGGUGGCGCAUAGGUGAGAUGGAUCCGGCAGGAACGCCCACAGUGACGGCGUUAGGUGUAAGCGGCUGGUUUCACGAGAAAAAAUAGGGCGCAUCAAUUAAGCAGCGGUUGUUUUCGGGUCGUGCCGCGCGCCGUUUUGGGUGUGCGAUGUCCCGACGGGAACUGAACGACAAGCGGUCACGACCCGACCACGUCCACGAGCUGGAACGGCACGACCGCGAACACCAACGCCGCGGUAGAAUGUUUGCCAUUGAAGUGUCUACGCUUCACUCAAGGUGGCGCGACAAUUUGUGGCGAUCUGUUCACCGGACAGUCCUCGCGAUUAAAUCGGCUGUGCUGCCAUUCGUGCCGGGGUGAGCAUGGUGGUCCGGAGAGCACCGCCUCGUGGAAUCAGAUCCGGAUCAUGACUCUACAUCGCUCACGGAUCAUUCAAAUGAGCCCCAGUUUGUGGCACGUGUAGCAGUGGUUUUGCCAUGGAAGUCAAGAAGCAUACGUGGCAGAGGAGAUAUUUAUUGCUGAGCCACCCGACACUACUUUGAGUUGUAGUUUUAUUUUUUUACACAAGGUUACGCAUACAAAUUGCAUCUUAAAAUACUGUCGGAUUUCUGCCAGAGAAACCACAGAGGAUGUUUCGGGGGGGGGGGGGGGCGGGGGAGGAAAGGCAGCCUAAACCUGUGCAAAUAAAUUCCCAAGCUCUGCGGUCCUUAAGUUGGAUGUUUGGCCAACCCAAUGAGCGGAGUGCUGGGAAUAAAUGCGCGCGCAUGCGAGGGGGUGGUGGAUUUUGUUUCUGAUUUGGUGCUGUUUUCAGUUGGGACCAUAAUAUACAUGGCGGGGGAGGGGGGGUCGUGUUCCAGUGGUGUUCAGUGCACAUAUAUGUGAAUAUACAUUCGGAGAGCCCAAUCACUAUGCAUAUGGAAAAGUGAAGUUACAGUUUUGUGGGAUCACUCAUCAAAUUGGUGCCUUUUGCUGUAAAUGUCUCCAGCUGGGAAUCUCACUCCACUCUGUCCAUAACUUACGGGUGAGGAGGGGUUGCUCAGGUUUCAUUCCUCUCUGCGUCUCUGCCUUUAUUACACUGUGACUGUGUGUGUGUGUGAAUAUAAUUAAUGUAAAGAGGUGUUCAUAUAAUAGCAAAUGUCACACCCCAAACCUCACGACCCAACCUUAACCUGACCUCUCAAUUGUUUUGCCAUCUCUCGCCGUGAUUUCGUCAUCUGCGACUGGGCAGGCGAUUCGUCAUUCGCACGCGCUGCGUGCGUCACAGACUUAGCACACAAACAAAACGGAGUGGCUAUUUCUGGUGCAGUAGACAUACACAAAGAAUACGACAUGUUGAUACGUUCAUUCGCGUCAAUACUUUUGCUCACGUGCAACUGUCCCGGUGAGACCGGUUGAGCAGACGCGAAUGAACGCAGGUGUAACAAUACCCAGCACGAGUAGGGACACUCUCAUGCUGGUGCAUGAGUGGUCGGCACAGCGGACUUGCAAUGCAGAGGUCACCGCUUCGAUCCCAUCUCCGGACGCGGCAGUGUGGAGCAACGGGAGAGCGAGUUUAUCGUUUUUGUUCAAUCGAACCCCUGCCCGACUCUAACCCAACGCAAACGGGGUUCACCACAAUCAGGUCGUUUACGGUGGGUUAAAGCGUGGGGUACUCCCACGCCAUCUGGGCAGGCGUGGAAGAGUAGGCCAAUUACCCCGUUCGAGGGGGCUGCCCAGAGCUGAUCUCUUGAGAGGAGGCCGCUGCCACCAGCAGCGAUGCGAGCGAGCGAUGUUGCAGGGGCUGCUCCUUUUCCAGUGCUGACCAGGCAGGCAGGACAAACGAGGCAAUACAAAUGAGAAAACAUGGAUCCUUGAGUAGCGAUUGACCCUGACAAAGGUGAAGAUUCAUCCAUCAGGACGCCAAGCGCAGAGGGAUGGGUCUUUACAUGCCCGUGAUUUAAACACCGCAGCUGCAGCGCGUCGCAAAGACAAAGUGGUAUCUUGUGAGCUUAGGGAGGACAAUACGUUCUCAUCACCUGGGUUUGAAUUGCAGCAACGAACCAUUGCAAAAUAUUGCACAUUUUAUUUGUUCAUACGUAUGUAUAUUUUGUUUGUUUUUAAACAACCGUUUGCAACACUGUUGAGUAAUAUACACACGCGCGUUGCAAUUUCUGUCAAUUUAGUUUGUUUACGUACAACUGUUUUGCAUAGUAAUUUAAUUCCUUAGCUAUAACGGGGACUGUAAAUCUGAAUUAAACGAUUGCUGUUGGCAAGAAAGUC